UUUAUGUCCUGCCCAAAGUUUAGACUCGACUGGGGCGAAACUUUUUUUUUUUCCUCCCUCGCUCUCCCUCCUCCAAAGUGAGCAGCGGAGAUUUAUCCAGCCAGCAACGAGCGGGCUCAUUUCUGGGCCGAAACUACAACAUUUGGGACUCGUUGGGGGGGCGUUUGCGCGUCGACAUUUUGUUUGGAGUGGAAAAGUUUUUGGAUCGGAACGACAGCAAGAGUUCCAGAUAUGCGCUUUGUUGCCUCCUGGAGAAUGCCCGCAAGAGACAACCGCAAGUCGUCGACUUUGUGUGCACACUUCGACAGCUAACAAACAACUUUUUCGUGAGGUGAAAGUUUAAGAUGAACCUGGAUAACUUUUACUGAGCAGCGACGACAGUUGUUGUUGUUGUUUUUUUUUUUUGCACAUUUCCUGCUGCGUGAAAUCCAAGGAAAACGAGCUCGGGAUUUGAUUUUUUUUUUUCUUCGGGGGUUGUUUUUUUUUUGUUUUCCCCCUUAACUUUCGCUCGGCAGACUUUUUCGGGACAAUGGAUCCGAGCCAGCACAACCCUCCGGCCGGACACCAGAUCGUCCACGUCCGGGGCGACUCGGAGACCGACCUGGAGGCUCUCUUUAACGCCGUGAUGAACCCCAAAAACACCAUCGUGCCCCCCUCGGUGCCCAUGAGGAUGAGGAAGCUGCCCGACUCCUUCUUCAAGCCGCCAGAGCCCAAGUCCCACUCCAGACAAGCCAGCACGGACGCGGGCACUGGCGGCGCGCUCACUCCGCACCACGUGCGCGCCCACUCCUCGCCCGCCUCCCUGCAGAUGGGCACCGUCUCCGGGGGCUCCCUGUCCGGCAUGCCGGCGGCCGCCGCCUCCCCCCAGCACCUGCGGCAGUCGUCCUACGAGAUCCCGGACGAUGUGCCGCUGCCUCCGGGAUGGGAGAUGGCCAAGACUGCCUCGGGCCAGAGAUACUUCCUCAACCACAUUGAUCAGACCACCACUUGGCAGGACCCCCGCAAGGCCCUGCUGCAGAUGAACCAGGCUCCUCCACCCAGCUCCGUGCCGGUCCAGCAGCAGAAUCUGAUGAACCCGGCCAGCGGACCACUCCCUGAAGGCUGGGAACAAGCGAUUACAUCAGAGGGUGAAAUUUACUACAUCAACCACAAGAACAAAACCACUUCCUGGCUGGACCCGCGGCUCGACCCCCGCUUCGCCCUGAACCAGCAGAGGAUUUCCCAGAGUGCGCCUGUGAAGCAGGGCGGCCAGCUGCCCUCGGGCACCCUCAGCGGCGUCAACCAGCUGAGGCUGCAGAAGAUGGAGAAGGAGAGGCUGAGGCUGAAACAGGAGCUACUUCGGCAAAGACCUCAGGAGCUCGCUCUGAGGAACCAGCUACCCACCAGCAUGGAACAAGACGGCGGUGGCACCAACCCCGUGUCCUCCCCGAUGGCCCAGGACGCCAGGACCAUGACCGCCAACAGCUCGGACCCAUUCCUCAACAGCGGGACGUACCACUCCAGGGACGAGAGCACAGACAGCGGCUUGAGCAUGAGCAGCUACAGCGUCCCUCGCACUCCGGAUGACUUCCUCAACAGCGUGGACGAAAUGGACACAGGAGACCCGCUCCCGAGCUCCAUGGGCACGCAGCCCAGCCGCUUCCCGGACUACCUGGACGCCAUCCCGGGGACGGACGUGGACCUGGGCACCCUGGAGGGCGAGAGCAUGGCGGUGGAGGGCGAGGAGCUGAUGCCCAGCCUGCAGGAGGCGCUCAGCUCCGAAAUCCUCAACGAUAUGGAAUCGGUUCUGGCGGCCACCAAGAUCGACAAGGAGAGCUUCCUCACGUGGUUGAGGGGGGGGGGGGGGGCAAGGAGGGGUCACCUUCUUCAUCCUUCUCCUCCUCCUCCACCACCAGCGUGCUUUUGACAAGACAUUUCAGCAAGCCUGUCUGGACUUUUCCCGUAUUCUGCGGCAGUAUUCUUCUCGUCUCUCUGUCCUCCUUUUGAUUUUGUCUGUGUCUUCAAGGCUGGCCCAU